AUGAGUUAUCGUUAUAGCGUUGCUCAGCAACAAUAUAUUUUCCAAGAUUUAAAAACCUUAAUGGCUAAGGCUACUCCAUUACGUUCUGGUGAUGAGUUGGCAGGUGUUGCUGCCAGUAAUGCAACGGAACGUGUGGCAGCACAGAUGGCUUUGGCAGAAGUCCCGUUAAAAACUUUUUUAAAUGAGACGGUCAUCGACUACGACAAAGAUGAUAUUACGCGUUUAAUUAUUGAUGAACAUCGUGCUGAUUUGUUUGCGCCAAUUGCGCACUUUACUGUAGGUGAUUUUCGCAAUUGGUUGUUGAGUGAAGAUGCAACUUCUGAAAAAUUGGCCAAUUUAGCCAAGGGUUUAACGCCAGAAAUGGUUGCUGCUGUGAGUAAAAUUAUGCGUAAUCAGGAUUUAAUUCUGGUUGCAAGUAAAUGUGAAGUGGUGACGCAAUUUCGCAAUACGAUUGGUUUAAAAGGUCAUUUAUCAACCCGCUUACAACCAAAUCAUCCAACCGAUGAUGUAUUGGGUAUUUCGGCCAGCUUAUUGGAUGGCUUGAUGUAUGGUAAUGGUGAUGCUGUGAUUGGGAUUAAUCCAGCCACAGACAACUUACAUAAUUUGUCGGAAUUGUUAAAGUUACUUGACCAUAUUAUCCAAGAAUAUGAAAUUCCCACGCAAUCUUGUGUGUUAACCCAUAUCAGUUCUGGGAUUCAACUUGCAGAACGUAAUAUUCCAAUUGAUUUAAUGUUCCAAUCCAUUGCUGGUACGCAAUUGGCCAAUGAAGGCUUUGGUGUUACCUUGGAUUUACUUCAGGAAGGUUAUGAGGCGACUUUAGCACUCAACCGAGGAACAAUCGGUAAAAAUGUCAUGUAUUUUGAGACUGGACAGGGCAGUGCCUUAUCCAGUAAUGCGCAUCAUGGUGUGGACCAGCAAACUAUUGAAGCACGAGCUUAUGCCGUGGCACGUAAAUACAAUCCAUUAUUGGUCAAUACUGUGGUUGGGUUUAUCGGUCCAGAGUAUUUGUAUGACGGGAAGCAGAUUAUUCGUGCAGGGUUAGAAGAUCACUUCUGUGGCAAAUUACUCGGUGUACCUAUGGGUUGUGAUAUUUGUUAUACCAACCAUGCUGAUGCAGAUCAAAAUGACAUGGAUGUGUUACUCACGCUAUUUGGUGCUGCGGGAAUUAACUUUAUCAUGGGAAUUCCAGGUUCGGAUGAUGUGAUGUUGAAUUAUCAAACCACAUCAUUCCAUGAUGCUUUAUAUUUACGUCAGUUAAUGGGAUUAAAACCUGCCCCUGAGUUCUCGGCUUGGUUAGAUCAGCAAGGAAUUUUGCACCAAGAACAACGCCAAAUUCAUUGGCCAAGCAAUCCUUGGCAUAAGUUAAAACAAUAUACUGAUGCUCGUAUUGCGAUGGGAAGAGUAGGAUGUAGCAUUCCAACUCAAGAAUUGCUUAAGUUUCAACUCUCGCAUGCACAGGCCAAAGAUGCUGUUUUUCACCAAUUAGAUACUGAAAAUAUGCAAGCUCGGCUUAGAGAUUUAAAAUUUGAAAGUCUCAUUGUGGAAAGUAAAGCAACCGACAAAGAAGUAUAUUUAAAGCGUCCUGAUUUGGGCCGUGAGUUAUCGGAACAGGCUCAAACUCAACUCACGACUUAUGUCCAACAGCACCCACAGCAAUAUGAUGUAUGUAUCGUGGUUGGUGAUGGCUUAUCUGCACGUGCAAUAGAAGAGAAUGCCAUUGCCUAUAUCAAUUCCUUACGUGAACAUAUUGAUGCUGAAGGCUGGAAACUGGCGCCAAUUGUACUUGCUACAGGGAGUCGUGUGGCAUUAGGCGAUGAAGUGGCGGAAAGUUUUAAUGCACCCUUAUUGAUUAUGUUGAUUGGCGAACGGCCGGGUCUAAGCUCACCUGACAGUAUGGGGGUGUAUUACACUUGGAAAGCGCGAAAAGGCAGUAUGGAUUCAAGCCGAAACUGUAUUUCCAAUGUACGACCUGCAGGGCUGAGUAUUCAAAUUGCCACACAGCGUUUAAUGGCGUUGAUGCGGAAUUCAUUUAAAUUACAACUUUCAGGGGUCGAUUUAAAAGAUGACCACGUUGUUCCAUUACAAAGCGAUGAGCAUCCUAAAAAAUUAUUAUUCUAA